AUGGCUCCCAUCAUUGCCACUUACUCUAGUCCAUCAUCUGGAACAGAGUCGGAUGACAUAGAGACUUCGUCUAGUUAUAGCUCGACUGUCAUCUCGGAAGUCAGUGAUGAUGACAUUCGGCCGGGAAUCCGGACGAACCAUUCUGCCAUCACGGGUAUGGCGUGCCGGGUUGCCGGUGCUACAAAUGCGCGUGAGCUUUGGGACGUGCUGGAAAAACGAGAGGAUCUCCAGCGUAAGAUGCCGGAGGAUCGAUACAAUGUAGACGCAUUCUUUCAUCCACAGGGAACAAACAAAGGAACGACAAAUGCGCGCUAUGGUUAUUUCUUGGACCAAGGGCUCGAUAAAUUUGAUGCCCAAUUCUUCAAUAUCUCUGGAAAGGAAGCACAGGCGAUGGACCCGCAGCAAAGGUUGCUAUUAGAGGUCGUUUAUGAGGCUGUCGAGGAUGCUGGGAUCACCCUUGAUGAGCUCAGUGGCUCUCGGACCGGUGUUUUUGUCGGUUCAUUCACCAACGAUUAUUCAGUCCAGGCACAGAGGAACCUUGAGCACUAUCCCAAGUACAGUAUCACGGGUCUGACAAACUCUAUCCUCGCCAAUCGUAUCUCCUUUUUUUUCAACCUUCAUGGACCUAGCUACCAGCUAGACACGGCCUGCUCAUCAUCCUUGACAUGUCUUCAUCUGGCCAACCAGAGUCUGCAAAGUGGAGAGAGUGAUGUUGCUAUUGUAUGCGGGUCUGCAAUCCAUUUUGACCCGUACAUGUAUAUCACGAUGACCGAUUUUGGAAUGUUGUCAACUGAUGGCCGCUGCCGUGCAUUCGACGUUGAUGGCUCUGGUUAUGUCCGUGGCGAAGGUGUCUGUGUCGUUGUUCUCAAGCGCGUCCGGGAUGCGGAGACUGGAGGCGAUACCAUCAAGGCAAUUAUUCGUGGAAGCGGUAUCAACCAUGACGGACUCAAGGAGGGGUUGACUAUGCCCAACCCGAAGUCGCAGGCCGCACUGAUCCGAGAGACAUAUAAGGCUGCCGGGCUAUCCACCGCUGACACUCAGUACUUUGAAGCACACGGAACCGGUACUGCAGCAGGGGACCCGCGCGAGUCCAACGCCAUCGGAUCUGUGUUUGGCCCAGAGCGUUCCAAGCCCUUGUAUAUCGGCUCUCUCAAGACCAACCUGGGUCAUUUGGAGGGUGCAUCUGGAAUUGCCAGCAUAAUCAAGACAAGCUUGAUGCUGCAAAAGGGAAAGAUCGCACCAAAUUUGCUGUUCAAGAACCCCAACCCGCAGAUUGAUUUUGAGCGUGGGAAGCUCAAGGUCGCCACUGAAAUGAUUGACUGGCCCGCCACUAACGGCCCCCGACGUGCCAGUAUUAAUUCCUUCGGAUUUGGUGGCAGUAAUGCUCAUAUCAUUCUUGACGCUUACUCGCCAUUGAGGCAACCGGGCAUCAUCUCCACUGUUUCCGACGAAGAAUUGAAGAACCGCCCUUUCCUGCUUCCAUUAUCCUCACACUCGGAAAAUGCUGGCCGGCGCCAUAUCACCAACCUCAUGGCUUAUGUGGAGCAGCGGCCAGAGAUCGCAGUGGCUGAUCUGGCGUAUAGCCACAGUGUUCGUCGCACAUUGCAUCCCUACCGUUCCUUUGCUAUCGGCCAGACCCUGUCAAGCCUGGUGACCGACCUUGCUUCUCCCAAGCCAGUGGCCGCGUGGAUGCGUAAAGCUUCCUCACCUCCACGUGUUGGCUUUGUCUUCACUGGACAGGGAGCUCAGUGGUAUGCCAUGGGUAGACAGCUGAUAAAUCAGUGUCCGCUAUUCCGCCAAACAUUGGAGAAAUGUGACCGGGUGUUGCAGCGUCUCCCAGACGCUCCUCGUUGGUCCUGCGUUGAUGAACUUCUCAAGCCAGCCGAGGAGUCGCGUGUCAUGGAGAGCCAAUUUUCUCAGCCCCUGUGUACUGCACUCCAGCUCGCACUGGUCGAUCUUCUCCGUUCUUGGGGAAUUAAAGCAUCGGCUGUCGUUGGCCACUCUUCGGGAGAAGUUGGCGCUUCUUAUGCAGCAGGUAUCCUCUCAUUCCAGAAUGCCAUCACCUGCGCCUUUUACCGCGGGCUUUACAUGUCAAAGGGCGUCGGUUCCGCAUCAGGAGCAAUGAUGGCGGUGACAAUGACGGAGUCUGAGGCGAAGACUGCAUUGGAGCCGUUCAAUGGCCGUAUUACAUUGGCAGCCAUAAACAGCUCGUCUAGUCUCACUCUUUCUGGGGACGAGAGUGCUAUCCUGGAACUGAAGGCCACUCUUGACGAACAAAAUAUCUUCGCCCGGAGACUGCAAGUUGAACAAGCUUUCCACUCCCAUCACAUGUUCCCUCUCGCACCAGGCUUCAGACAAGCUCUAUCCACAUUGUCCACCUUUCAGCCUCGGGUAGGCAAAGUCCCGAUGUUCUCCAGCGUCACAGGCAGACCGUCAGGAGCACGCGCUAUGGAUGCCGAAUAUUGGGCGGCCAAUAUGACAGGAGUGGUGCGGUUCUCCGAUGCGCUGGCCGGUGUGCUGAUCGGCGAAGACGAAGAGCCCGCUCUUGACGUGUUGGUUGAGAUCGGUCCCCAUCCUGCGCUGAGAGGACCGUCCAAGCAGAUCAUGAAGGGGCUAGGGGUUGACUUGCCAUACAUUGGCUCGCUGGACCGCAAAGUGGACGCGUAUGAGAGUCUGCUUGCUACAGCCGGGCAGCUGUUUACCUUGGGCUAUGACGUCGAUCUCGCCGCAGUGAAUGCCGGGCAUGUGAUGGGUCCGUUUGGAAAACAAGAACAACACCAACUUGGAAGAGCUUUGGAUGACUUGCCCAGUUAUGCAUGGGAUCAUCAGAGCUAUUGGUCUGAGACCAGAGUUGCCCAGGAGUACCGUCAGCGAAAGGCCCGUCACGGGGUUUUGGGAGCCCUAGUCCCAGGCACACCUGCGGCCCAUCGCCGUUGGCAGAGAUACCUUCGACCGACCGAGCUUCCAUGGCUCACAGAGCAUGCAAUUGAUGGCAAGAUUAUUUUUCCCGGCGCAGGAUACUUGUCGAUGGCCCUUGAGGCUAUCACCUCCGAUCUGGAGCCCAACGCGGUGGAUGAGAUCAUCAUUCGGGAUGUCACUAUCAAAGCGGCGCUGUCUAUUCCCGAGUCAGACGCCGGAACAGAGACAAUGCUAGACCUUGUUGAUCUCACUGGAGAACAGCAGACCCAGUCUACUCAUUCCUGGAGCCGAUUCACAAUCUACUCAUUUGAUGAUGGCAAGACCACGGAGCAUUGCACAGGACUCAUCUCCGCAAUUGUCCGAGACCCUGCGAUUGCUUCAACGGCCAAGAGUGAGGGCUGGGAGUCCGAAUCUUCCUUUGCCGAUCUUCAGGCACUGACCACACGCUCGCAGCUUCCUUCGAAGUUCUACGACCGACUUUAUAAUGUGGGCCUGCAGUAUGGGGACAAUUUCCGUCUCAUGCGUGGCCCCAUCGAGAGCGGCCCCGGUUUUGCUAUUGCUCCAAUGGUAUACCGUCCUAAGAAUGUGACGACAAUACCGGAGGACGAGUGCAUCCUGCAUCCCAGCUUCUUCGACUGCACUCUGCACACGCUCUUCGCGGCCCUUGAGACUCACCUCCAGAGGCCCUUGGACGAUUCCUAUAUCCCAACUUCCAUUCACACGGUUCGUGUGUCGGGCACUCUUGUUCGUCGGAAGCACGACGCGGAAGACCAGGAGUUUUGGGUCAGGGCAGAUAAUGAACGUCUGAGUCCCCGUGUCAGCAGAAGCGACAUCUUCAUUCACGACAGAGACUCCAAUACUCAGCUUGUCACGCUGAAAGGGUUGGAAGUUACUGGACUGGGAAUUGGAGACAAGAGCCUGGAUGAGGACAGGAAUUUGUUUUUCCGAAUUCAUUGGCAAGAGGCGUUUAGUCUUCAAGGACUCGUCGAUAAGAAGUCGCUUUCGUCUGACAUUGGUGAUCUGCUGGGGAUUUACGCGCACCAGUUUCCGGCGGCAAAGCUUCUCCAUGUCACCCCUGGCUUGCUACAGACCCAAAGGUUGCUUACCCGAGUUGUAACCCCUGAGGAUCGCCGGAUCCAGAGUUUCUCGGUACUUGCCGCGAAUGAGACAAUGCCUGCUUUGAACGAGCAGCUGGAUGCUCUUCUCCCAGGUUUGCGGCAGGAGGUUGACCUCGCCAAUGACCAAUUCGACAUUGUCGUGCUGGAAGAGCGCACAGAAUCAGAUCCGCUGUCCCUGGUGAAAGACGAUGGCUUCCUGGUAACCUUGACAGAUAUCGCUGAACAGGGCCUGCAAAAGCGUUUCUCGGCCGGACAAUGGACGGUCUGGCAGAAGAUUGCAGCGGAGCGUGAACAGCCAGUCAAGGAAAAUCUGCAUCUUAUUAUUUCCUCGCAGCCAUCACCAGAGACACUGGCUAUUGCCGCUGCCAUCGAAACUCGGAACCCCAGCACUCAGACAAGCACUUUGGAAGCAGUCCCUAAGGAGGCCACCCACAUCAUCUCACUCGUCAACCUGGAUGAAGAUUUGUUGUACGAUGCGUCUUCAGAUCACCCCACUCAGUUUGAUGCUGUUCGAGCUCUGUUUGUAUCGGAAUCUCUGAAGAUCGUUUGGCUUCUGAGAGGCGCCACCCAAGAGCCCGUUCGCCCUGCACAGGCCUUGUUUACGGGUCUUGCCCGUGCGGCGCGCAGUGAGAACGAAGAUCUGCAUCUCGUGACGCUGGAUGUGUCCGAUACGUCCGACGCGAAAGCAAUUGGGAAUUUUGCAGUGCAUGUUCUAGAUCCUUCUGUGGCAGAAGAUGAGCUACGUGUCAGCAACAGCAGGCUUUAUAUUCCUCGUGUGCUCACUGACGAUCAGCUCAACCGCAAGCUGCCAAAUGGUCCUGGUCGCCAGCCUAUUCGACAGGCGUUCACCCAAGAUAAAGUGCUAGCCUUGGAAGUUCUCCGCACCCCAGGACAAGCAGACUCUAUCGUGUAUACGGAUGGCCAUGGUUUAAUUACCGAUAAACUCGAUGACCAUGAGGUUGAAUUUCGAGUGUCUGCAUCAGCCAUCAGCGAUCGAGAUGCCGCCAUUGUCGCCGGAACCUUACACGAUAGCCACCUGGGAGAAACUGCUGUCGGAUUCGUUACUCGUGUCGGCGCUCAUGCGGAUGGCUCCCAGAUCCGUGUUGGUGAUCGCAUUUUCGCGUACUCGCCUCAAGGGGGCGCUCACCGGUCGCUUCUCCGUUUGCCAGAGAAACUCACGUUUGCUAUCCCGGGCGAGAUCAGUGACACUGAUGCUGUUGCUCUUGGGCACAACCUCAUAAUUUCACACUACGCGUUGCUCGAUAUCGCUCACCUGAGGGCAGACGAGCAAUGUCUUGUACUCGGUGGUGCUUCUGGCCUUGCCCAGGUCGCGGUGCAAUUGGCAGAGGCGGUGGGUGCACACGCGUUGACUGCUGUCCCCACUUCGAAGGCGACCAAGGCCAAUGUCAUUCUUCGUACGGAUGCUUCUACUCCUUUCACUCACGAAUUAUGGGACGUGUUGGCUAUUGGUGGCCGGAUUAUCGACCUUGCUGCCACCUCCGCCCCUUGGAAUGCCGGCGCCUUCCUUCCUGGAUAUUCUUAUACUGCGGUCGAUCUGGCAGCGGCCAGUCGCCAAGAUGAUCGCCUGGGGCCCCGACUAGUCCAGAGUGUCCUUCAACUGUUCCAGCAGCAAAAGUUUUCUAUUCCCAGCCCGGUGACAAAGUUUGGAUAUGGAGAGGCCAGUCAAGCUCUCCGACACUCACGUUCGAAUGGCGGUGGUGGCCAGCUAGUGCUCUUUGAAAGCGCAGGCGAGCAAGUAGCAGUUGCACCACCCACCUAUAGCAGCAUGCAACCGCUGUUCCAAUCUCACAAGACCUACCUGAUCGUUGGUGGACUUGGUGGUAUUGGUCGUGCUCUGUCUCAGUGGAUGUUCCGCCGUGGUGCUCGCCAAUUUGCCUUCCUCUCGCGCUCGGGUGCCCGCAAGGCCGAGGCCAAGGAGACUGUGAACUGGCUCGAGCAUCGCAAGGCGACAGUUACUGUUUACUCGGGGGAUGUCACCUCCGAGAAAGAUGUCCGUGACUGUGUCCAGCUCAUUGGAGAUAGUCUCCGCGGUGUGAUUCAGGCCGCCAUGGUUCUAGAGAGUGGACCCCUAUCUGAAAUGACAGCUGCACAAUGGGCAUCGGUUAUUCGACCCAAGGUGUAUGGCGCUGAAAACCUUCAUCACGCGACGAAAGAGCUCCCGCUUGACUUCUUCAUCUGCUUCUCGUCCAUCUCAGCCAUUAUCGGGUUUAUGGCAGAGGCCAACUACUCCGCUUCAAAUGCUUAUCUCGAUGCCUUUGUCCGGUGGCGCCAUGCACAAGGUUUGCCGGCCUUCGCAAUGAACGUUGGAGUAGUUGCCGAUGCUGGCGCCAUCGCCGAGGAUGCGCAUCUGCGGGCUAUCAUCGAUCGCAUUGGCAUGGAUGUUCUCACAGAGGAGGAACUAUUCUAUCAAAUUGAAGAAGCGAUAAAUGGCCAGCUGGUAUUCUCGCAGCAGCCCCUGGAAGGAUGGGUUGGAGAUCGCCACCAGCUUCUCAGCGGUAUCAACACUCGUCGGACCGAUCUUUUCUGGUCCAAGAAACCUUUAUUCCGCAACCUGUAUGCCGGACGCAGCCAGAAGUCGACAGUCUCAGGCAACUCGGAAGAGCAGCAGCUUUCCGAGCUCCUGCAACAAGCAGGAGAAUCCGAUAAAAUGUUUCCUGUGCUGUUAAAUGCUUUUUCCGAUCGCAUUGCUAGCUCCUUGGCUGUUUCCCGUUCCAUUGUUCAGGCCGGCGUGCCUCUGGCUGCAUAUGGAAUGGAUUCUCUUGUGGCAGUCGAGUUCCGCAAGUGGUUCUCGAAGGAGGUUGGGGUCAACCUUGCUCUGUUUGAUAUCCUAGGUUCAAGGUCGACUGGUGACCUUGUGGCCAAAGUUUGCGACCUGGUGGUUGCGAAUGAUUCUCUGAAGGGACCUGGUGCCAAUGACACGCAGGCUGCCUCAUCUGAAAGUCCCCAGGCCUCGACUGUGGCCAAAACUUCGGAUGUGAUUUCCAUAGUGAACCCACGCCCGGCUCAGAUCCCUAUGUCGACCUUCCAGCGCCGUCUCUGGUUCAUGCAUAACCUUACCGCUGACAGUGCCUCGCUAAAUGUUUCAGUUUCCUUGAUAAUCGAUGGAACACCAAAACUGUCCGUCUUGGAAAAGGUUUGGCAAGAACUUGGCCGUCGCAAUGAAAGUUUGCGAACCUCUUUCUUUGAAGGUGAUGAUUUUGCAGAGCAGGAGAUCGUUGAGAAUGGCCUGAUUCCAAUUGAACAAGCCGAUGUUAGCAACACAUCAGACCCCGAAGAGUCUCUUCGCUCUUUUGCUACUGCUCUUCGCCAACGGGCUCUCGAUGUCGACGUUGGACAGCUCAUCCGUUCUGCCUUGGUGAAGUUUGCAGACUCCCGGUAUGCUUGGGUUCUCAGCAUCCACCACAUGGCCAUUGAUGGCGGCAGCAAGGCCUCACUCAUGGAACAAAUCAGCACGUUAUACAAUGCCAUUGCGAGCGGUACCAACCUCAAUACAGUAACCCAGCCCAAACUGUCAUAUGUUGAUUUCACUUUAUGGCACGAUCAGAGGCUGCAAAUGUCUGAAAUUCAGGAUGAACUGAAGUGGUGGCGCAAAACGCUGGCUGGUUCUCCUGCCGCUAGCAAACUGUUGCCAUUUGCUCAGAAUGAUCGUCCUGCUAGCUCCAGUCGGGAGCGUGAUAUCGUGCGAGAAGAGCUCAACAAGCAGCUUUUCAAGCGCAUGAAGCGCAUUUGCAGUCGUCUCGAGGCCACUUCAUUCCAUUUUGUUACCGCUGCUUUGCGGGCUUUCCUGCACCGAUACACUGGUGAAAAUGACCUGACGAUUUUAGUGGUGAGUGGUGAAAGACCACAUACCGAACUUGAUCAAGUGCUUGGAUUUUUUGUCAAUAUGAUCCCACUUCGUUCUGAGAUGACGGGUGACGAGACUUUUGAUGAGCUAGUCACGCAGAUCAAGACACAGGCGGUUGACGCCCUAGGCCGGUCGCAAGCUCCAUUUGAUGCUAUUGUGGAGGCCAUGAACAUCGGGUGGAGUCCUAGUCAUUUUCCUCUUGGGCAGAUCGCUGUCAACUACCAAACAUACGCCAAAGCACCAACCUAUCCUACAGUCGACUUCGAUAUUCCAGAGGUCUGGGUUGAGGAUAUGCCCACUGCAUUUGAGAUGCAGCUCGAGAUUACGGAAGACGAACAGGGUGGAUUGAAACUCCGCCUUGAGUUUGAUUCAUUCCUUUACAGCAAGCCAGACAUGGAGCGGCUGUUCCAAAAUUUCAGCACAUUCCUCACGAGCGUGGUUCAGGAUUAUCGCCAGCCCAUCGAGGAGAUUGAGAUGGUUGGAAAUCUUGAAUUGACGCGACUCCGCGCGCUGUUCUGGACUGAGGAAAUCAGUGCUGGUGUUGAUGAUGGCCGGUCUCUCUGGGGAUCAUUCGCAGAAAGCGCUCGUGUCUACCCUGGCUCAAAUGCAAUUACCACCUCCAGGGGCGAAUCGAUCACAUAUAAAGAACUUCUUGCUCUAGCAGAGAAGCUUGCAGCCACUCUGCACAACUCAGGCAUUACCCCAGGUGAUCGGGUCGGCAUCUUGUCUUGCGCUUCUAUUCACACCAUUGCAGCUAUGCUCGCCGUAUCACGUCUGAGCGGUACGUAUGUGGCCCUGGACCCCGACUUCGCUGAGUCAAGACUUGUACACAUGAUCCAGGACUCCUCUAGCGUGAUUGUUCUUGUUGAUCAACCUUAUGAGUCUUUGGUAGGUGGGAUCAAAGAACAGACGACAGCACGCUUUAUGUCUCUUCACACAUCUGACUUGAGCGACGAGACUUUGCCUCCUAUGGAGCAACAUCCAGAUCCGUAUGCCACAUAUGUGACUUAUACAUCGGGCAGCACCGGAGCGCCGAAGGGCGUCGUGGUCACCCACGAGAAUACAAGAGUAAUGCUCGACAACUAUACGCGGGCACAUCGCCUCGCCAAUCAGGAUAUUGUUCUGAGUGCAACGUCCAUUUGCUUCGAUAUCUCCGUCGCUCAAAUAUGGGCACCUCUGACUACAGGAGCAACUCUCGCUCUGGCUCUUUACCCAGUCCGAAAAGACCCCGGUGAAUUAGCUAAGUUCAUGCAAAAUGCCGGUGUUACAAUGGGUUCUUACACGCCAACUCAAUUUGCACUCCUGAUCGAGCAUGGUGAUUCUUAUCUUCGACAAUGCACUGCGCUCCGAGCAGUCAAUUUGAUAGGAGAAGCUCUUCCAGCCCGUUUAGCGAAAGCGAUCUACGACCUGGGUUUGUCCACCACAGUUUAUAACGAGUAUGGACCCUCCGAGGCGACCUCACAAGUCACUUCUCAUCCCGUUCCCCGAUCACUCAAGACAGAAUCCUCUGUAUCUAUCGGUCGUUCAUUGCCAGACUCAACCCUUUAUAUCGUCAAUUCACGCCUGCGCCCGGUUCCUGUCGGAGUUCGCGGUGAGCUCUGCAUCGGCGGUGGCCAAUUGAGUCCUGGGUAUCUCGGUCACCCGAAAAAGACGCAACAAGCCUUCGUGAAGAACCCCUUUGUACAGGGUCAGUUCCGAGCCCGCGGAUGGACUCAAUUGUACCGAACAGGCGAUCAAGCAUGCCAUCUUGAGGAUGGCACGGUUGACUUUCUCGGGAGAAUCGCGGGUGACAAGCAAAUCAAGUUACGAGGCUACCGGAUCGACCUUGCAGAAAUCGAAAAUCAGCUGAACAAUAACUUCAGCAAGAACAACGCUAUCUUUCACGCCCGAGCUGUCGUUUUGGUGCGCGAACCUCAGUCACCAAACGGCCUGACUGACGAUCGCCAGCUAGUCGCGUUCUUGAUUCCCCGGGUACCCGGAGAAAAGCAGCAACUGUACCAGGAUUCUAUCAAUUCUGCUCAUAAAUCCAUAGCCCAGUCGCUAAACAGCUACAUGCUGCCAAGCUCCUACCAGGUCCUGGAUGUGUUCCCAAGUCUGAUUAGUGGAAAAGUCGAUCGAGCUGCGCUGAGUCGUAUUGAUGUUGAGCCAUUUUUUCCCGUUUUGAAGUUGGGAUCCGACCGGGAGAUCAAGAGUACAGACACCUUCUUCGAACUCGGAGGCCAAAGUGUUCUCGCACUGCGGCUUCAGGGGAUUCUGAAGCGCAAGCUGAAACAAGAGAUCACGCUCUUGCAAUUGUUCGACAAUCCCAGUCCUGCAAAGCUGUCUACAUUGCUUGACUCUAGGGCCAAUCCAACGCAAGCUAGUGUCGCAAAAUCAGCCGGCGAUCUCAAUGUCAUCGAUUGGGACCGUGAAAUUCACUUACCAGACGAUUACCAACAUCGUCCUACAUCUCGAGCAGGUGCAGAUGAGAAUCAGAAUCCCACUGGAAUCUUGGUUCUAGGUGCCGACUCUUUCAUCGGUGUUUUCCUGGUGAAGGCGUUGCUCACAGCAAAUCCCGAUGCUACAAUUUAUGUUCUCGGUAUCGGAAGCUCCUUGGACUCGGCUGGAGUGUUGCAGCUAUUCCAGCAGAAUCAGCUCCUGAGACACGAUCGUGACACCGGAAACGAGUUUCAAGCGCUUGCUGGACAAGUCCAGCAGAUUUUCCAUACUGGUGGCCAUGUGUCCCUCCUACAGACUUACUCCGAUCUCCGCCAAUGCAACGUGGAAAGCGUAUAUUCUAUGAUCCGCCUUGCUGCCUUGGGUUCCAGCACUUCCCUGCACUAUAUCUCGACCUGGAGUGCAGUAUUGUCUCAAACCGUGAGGUCAAUCUGGGUUCCUUCGCCCCCCCCUACUUCCAACGCCUCGGGCUAUUUCAAAACCCGCUGGGUAGGUGAGCAACUCCUUGAGACCGCAUCUCAGCGCGGAUUUCCGACCACAAUCUACCGUUGCUCUGGCCACACCGCACCUCUGACUUCGUCAAUUCCCACUCCUCGUGAGAACUUCACGCUCAACCUGUUCCUCGGCAUGAUUCGGGCAGGCGUUGUGCCAGAUAUUGCCUCUGCUGGUGCCGGGCUCGAUGCAACAGUUAACCUCCUACCAAUCGAUAACCAGAUGGACACGAUUGCUCAACUUGCCACUCACCGAGCCACCGGCCAAGAGAUCCAGCGAUUCCACAUCAAUAACCCUGUCCCAUUAUCAUGGGCGCAGCUGCCAUCGGUGAUCUCUGAAGUUCGUGAGGAUGGCCAAGCAGGAAUCCUCGUCGACAUUGACACUUGGACUGAGCGCAUGCUUGAGCAUGCGACCACGGAACAAGAGCGCUUGGAGUGGUCAACUUUCAAGGAGUAUUUGAGUCUCGGCCAUGUGAUGUUUGCGCUCGAUGAAACCAACACUCGUGCCGCACUUGAAAGGCAGGGCCGCAGCAGACUGGAAUGUCCCCCUGUUGAUGCAAAGUACCUGCAGCAUCUGAAGCUAAAACAGGCUCAAUUUAGUUAG